CAUCACACAGUAUUAACUUUUUCAUUGACAACUCCCGGUCCCCACAUUACAUGGCGACCCUGCCAGUGCUGCCUUAAGGCAGUGCUGUGCAAUAAAGUAAUACGAUUAAAUUGGUGUAAAUAAAAAUAACUGGGAGAGUUCGUGUCAAGGUGAUGAGUUCUGCCGGGUGAUAAAACUCGAGCAAGAAGAACAUCUGAAGGAAUUAAUGGAAAGAUCAUGUAAUAUUAAUUAUUUUUACUUAUAACGAGUUAAAUAUGUGUAAUACAUAUUUUUUUAUUAUACCUCUCAUUUUGUAAUUCACAUCACAUGUGGCCACUGUGUAAUAAAAUUUUUUUUAGAAAAUAAUAAUUCUACGUAGAAGGGUCAAAUUAAGUAAGUUAUUUAUUUUUAAUUUACCACCUCGAUAAAGUGGUAGUAUCUAAAUGCGCUCAACACAGAGUUACAAGGAAAUGGAAAAUUAAUAUGUGAUCUGAUACAGCGUGUCUGCUUUUCGUCGUAAGCUGGAUAUCUUUGAAAAAGAUAUUGCAAGACAAGAAUUUGUUCAUUUUCCGACAAUUCUGGAAUAUAAUAAGGAGAAAUCUGAAGAAGACGUUGCAGUGUUUACAAAAUUUUUGGCCGAUCUUAGCAACGAAUUUGCCACAAGAUUCCAAGACUUUGCAGAGAUGGGCAAGCUAUCUCUGUUCUUAAGUCACCCUUUAAAGUUGAUGCAGCAGCCGAAUGGACAGAUGUGGCUGCCAAGUUAUUUUAUCUGCCAAAGCCAUCACUUCAAAUGGAAAUAAUCGAUCUGCAAGAAGAUGUGUCUUUGCAAAUAUAUAAAAAGGUGUCAACUGAAGAAUUUUGGGUCAAACAUGUCCCAGAAAAAUAUCAAAAUUGCAAAAAACUUGCUAUCAAUUUGGCCACUAUGUUUGGCUCGACAUACAUAUACGAAACAUCUUUAUCAAAAAUGAAUUUUUUGAAAAACAAAUAUCGUUCGAGAUUAACAGACGCUCACUUAGAAGACACUCUUCGAAUUAGCUGUUCUUCACGAGAACCAAACUUUAAAAACCUGGCUCAAGACCGCCGAUGCAAUUUUUCACACUAAUUUUAGGUAAUAAGCUGUACUUAAUUAUUAUCAGUUGUUUUUUUUUUCUGGACCUUUUAAAAAUUUUCGAGCAAUAUCCGGACCCUACUUAAAACUACUUGCCGACCCCUGGUUUAGAGUUUAAAAAACUAGCUCUAUUGUCUAUGCUUUACUCUGUGGAAAAAUGGCCGAAUGAAAUGUUUUGUUUUGAUGUGCUCCUUUGUAUUAAUAAUAUUUUGCAUGUGUAAGAUUGCAGUAAACAAGCAAGUUAAAGAAGAUCAUGGCUCUUUAUUAAUAAAACCCCAUAACAAUAAUAGUUAUGGACCCAGAAGAAUUCGUCACAAGAAAAUAAUUUCAUUAUAUCGCAUCCACGAGUGGAAGACAUUGGAAAAGUAUCGAAAAUUAUAACAACAAUAAUAAGUGAAGAAAUAUAUGAAAUAAUAAAAUGUAGUGAGUUUGCAGGUCGGAAUUGGCAAUCCGAGCCAUUUUGUAGAAAUGCUAUCACAAAUUCAAGAUUCAGUUCAUUACUUACUAAAGAAAAGUUGGGGGAGGACAAGUCUGAAUAUUCUCAACGAGUAGCUACAAAUAUGAAAAUGCAAGAGCCGCCGUGUCUCUUGAAUCAAUUGCUCAAUAUUUUAAAAACCUUGAAGAAGUUGUUAAGGAAGUUCCUCCUGCCAAUAUUUUAAUAACGAUGAAUCCAACAUGAGCGACGUCAGGUGUAUAGAACUAUGGAGCAAUUAAUUAAGGUAAUAGUCGGACAUUAAAAGCCAAAUAUCACGGGGAUUAAUUAACUUUAAAAAAUCUCCGAAAGAACGGUUAUCCGAUGUUUAAGUUCAAACGCGGUUAGACUCUUGAACAGCAGUGGAAAUCAUACCUCAAUAGUUAGGCAGGCAGAUUCUGAUAAUGAAUUUUAUAUUCUUUAUGUUGACGAGGAGAUUUAUGAGACUACAGAGGAUGCUUACUUUGAUUAUAAAAGUGUGUUACGUUAUGCUUUAAAUAAAUUGUCACCACUGUCUGUAGGAGAAUCAAGUAAGCAAGGUAAUGUCCCGGCUAUAAAUGUUACUAAUUCAGUAAUGCUUUCAAAGAUACGAUACAACGUAAUUAUGUAUAUAUCCUAGGUGGUUAAUUAAAAGGGAAAAAAUUAAUACAAAACAUACACAUAUUUUCUGGAAUCACAUACUUCCUGAUUGACCUCUUAGCUCUUAAAAAUGUCCAUGAAACGUGAUCACCCUCUUAACCUCUACGAUGACUUUGUCAAGGGAAAUCCUGAUUUCAGGGAUCUUGAUAGAAAAACCAUUUGGACAUGGGAUGAUAGUUAUGUGAAAAGAGACUUCGAAAAACUUAAAAGACCAGAUGUAAGUAUAACGGAGAGGCUAAACAACCUGAAAGCCUUUUAUCUGAUUUAUUUUGGAGAAAUAUCAUCAAUGACUAACGUCGGCAGCCUGUUCGUCCAACUGGUGGCCACCACCCCAUCCAUUUAUGACUCUUCUAGAAGAGAUCUCUUUGAGUUUGACCCGAAGGGAGAGAGAUCUUUGUCCACAUACAAAGUUCCCUCCAAUUUAGAAGAGGUCUACAAAAGAUUCAUAGAUCAAUCCACCACAGUGGAUGACUCCGUCUCGGAGGAACCAGACGUAGAGGAGACUCCAAUUGAACCCCUGGCGGACGGAUUGGUUACAGAGGAUCAGCCUCUAGAAGGAGGGGGUCAGGAUUACGGGAAGACUCAACCUCAACUGAAAGAAACCACAGUGGAGGAUGUGAAAAACUUUAAAGCUGCAGUUGCCACCGCCUUUUUGCAGUUGACAGCUCAGGAGGACACCUUCACCAUGGAUGCAUAUAGGAGCCUUCAUCACACAGCAUUUUUCCUCAUAAUGUUCAUGAUGAGACGAAUCACCAAACGGAGUGAUGACCUUAUAGCCGCCUUGUCUCGUGCCAACAUUCAUAAGCAUUAUACCGACAUGGUUCAAAAUUCCUUCGGGAUGAUAAUUCCUCCCCCUUGUGGUGGAUUAAAUGGAUCCUUGGAGCAAAUCUUGUCAUCCGCCCACCAAGCCAGCAGAGAACUUUACACAAUAGCAUUGUGGUUACUUCAGGUGAGUACCGUUGGACCUUCUGACCAACCAGUGGGUCUGUUAGAUCAACAAAAUGUGGGGCUGGAGGCUAUGCUUAGAGCGACCUGCAUGACUCAUAUUGCCGGAUCUGGGCUCCCUUUGAUCACUUUGUUUGUCACUUUAAAGACCCUUUUUAAUAAGACAGAGAGAGAGACAUUAGAAUGGCUAUCUUACCCUGAACUUUUACCAAGUGUCAGAAGAAUAGUGUCUCUAAGAGUGUCUCAGUGUUCCUUGAUAAGCUCUCAAAAGGACGUCAAACUGUUUCCGUAUUGUCGAUUAGUGAACCAGAAUUACCACGGAGACCUAGGGGCCAAAGGAAAUGAAAUGAUCUGCUACUUGAUGGCUUGCCUAAUUGAUUUAAAAUCCCCUCCAACUCUGGGAUCAGGGGGAGCCAGGAAUGCGUUUUGGACUUCAAGUUUAAACGCUCAAGACAAAAGUCAGAUUUAUGAGGCUGCCAGGGCAAUGUAUGCCAAGGUGUCUCACUUCAAACUAACCGCCUGUUUUGAAGGGCAGGUUGAUUUUGGCCAGUCUCAUUCUACAGGGAAUGAAUGGAAACACUCCCAUGUCCCCAUAUCUAAUGAUGAUGACGACGCCGACAGCAGUGGACCCAUUCCAAUUCCUCUGGGCGACUAUUGAUUAAGCCAUACCCUCAGAACCCCACAAGAAAAACCCGACUUGAGAUUUAGAUAGUUAUUCCAAUAUUUUCCGGCAAGUAUACAGAGUGGACAACAUUUCAUGAUUUGUUCAUCUCUCUUGUUCGCCAAAAUUCAUCGCUAGAUAAUGUGCAAAAACUUCACUACUUUUUGUCACCUGUGGUGAAGCGGAACAAUUGUUAAGGCACAUGCCAGUUACCAGUGAUAACUAUGUAAGUAAUUUGUUGGGAACAGCUCACGAAUCGCUAAAGUAACAAGCGUUAUCUAGUUAAUUGUAUUUUAGACAGAUUCAAACAAUUUAAAACAAAAUUAAUUUCAACCAUUCAACCAAAUGGAAAUGUGUUUUUGACAAAUGACCAAGAUGUGGUACCCUUAAUAUGACCCACCACACUUAUUAAAAUGUAUAAGAAACAAUUUACUGACUAAGAAUUUAGAAUAUUAUGAGAAAAUACAUGUCUUAAUGGAAAAUGUUGAAAGAAUUAAAUGAAGAUGUUUG